AUGGCCUCUUCUAGCUACUCCAAUUCACCAUGUGCAGCGUGCAAGUUUUUGAGGAGGAAGUGCAUGCCAGAUUGCAUUUUUGCCCCAUAUUUUCCACCAGAAGAGCCUCAAAAGUUUGCAAAUGUUCACAAGAUAUUUGGUGCAAGCAAUGUGAGCAAACUCCUCAACGAGGUGCAACCUCAUCAAAGGGAGGAUGCUGUGAACUCUUUGGCAUAUGAAGCAGAAGCACGAAUAAAAGACCCUGUCUAUGGUUGUGUUGGAGCCAUUUCAGUCCUCCAAAGGCAAGUCCUUAGGCUCCAAAAGGAACUCGAUGCCACAAAUGCUGAUUUGAUCCGCUAUAGCUGUAAUGAAAUGCCAACUACUCAUCAAGCUGGAGGUAGAAGGACGAGUGAUGGAGUAGGAGGUUCCUCUCAUGGUUUUUAUUAUCCUUCUACUACUUGGAACAAUGAUCCUUGUGGAGACAGCUACCCAAGAGGUGAUACAUAA